AUGUCAGAGGUCGAUGUGGAGAAAGUCCGUGACGUCGACGUUCAGGUCAAGAACGCCGAUAUACUGCCUGAACCCGAGAAGCUUCAGCGUAAAUUACGAUCUCGUCAUGCUUCCAUGUUAGCCCUCGGUGGAGCCAUUGGGACGGGUCUGAUCAUCAAUUCCGGCUCCGGUCUCGCUCACGCCGGUCCAGUGGGUCUGCUUCUCGCUUUCAUCUACGUCGGCUCGCUGUGCUAUGCCAUGAUGUGUGCAUUAGGAGAGAUGGCAGCGUUCUUGCCUCAUCAGAAAGGCUUCCCAGGUCAUGCCACUCGUUUCGUGGGACCGAGUUUCGGAGCCGCCACGGGUAUAGCUUACUGGUUGAAGUAUCUUAUCGGAACUGCGACCCAGUAUUCUGCCUGCGCCGUGAUCAUCAAUUACUGGAUACCCACCUCAAAAGUUAACAACGGUGUUUGGAUUGCCAUCUUCAUUGUCUUGACUGGAGUCCUUCAAUUCAUGCCAGUCAGAUACUUUGGCGAGUUUGAGUUCUGGUGCUCUACAUUCAAAGUCAUCGUCUUAACCGGUUUGAUGAUCUUCGCCCUCGUUGCUGAUUGUGGUGGAUUGCCCCCUCACGAAUAUAUUGGCUUCAGAACUUGGAAACAGAUGCCCUUUGUUGAGUAUCUGGUAAAGGGAAGCCUCGGUCGCUUCCUCGGGUUUGUCAGCGCUCUCAUCACAGCGAUUUACUCAUACACUGGCUCCGAGAUGGUGGGUAUCGCCCUUGGAGAGAUGAGCAAUCCGAGAAAGAAUGUUGCCCGAGCCGUCCGCGCAUGCUUCUAUCGAGUUUUGUUCUUGUAUUGUGGCUCGAUUUUCUUUGUCGGCCUUAUCGUACCCGCGAACUCCAAGCUACUGUUGGCGGCGAACAGUAAUUCAACUAACGCAAAUGCCUCACCGUUUGUGGUCGCCAUGUCGAUCGGAGGCGUCAAAGUUCUACCUCACAUCAUCAACGCGGCCGCUCUCAUUUUUGUCGCAUCUGCUGCCAACUCGGACGCCUAUGUCAACUCGAGGACUGCAUACGCGUUGGCUGCUGAUGGUAACCUGCCCAAGAUCUUCCUUCGGACCAACCGAUUCGGAACACCCUGGUUCUCCGUGCUUUGCACAAUGACAUUCUCCUGCCUUGCUUUCACCGCUUGUCAGACUUCGGCGUUCGUCGUUUUCAAAUAUUUCGUCUCGGCUGUCACCCUCAUGUCGACCAUCGUGUGGAUGAUGAUCAUGUUCACCCACCUCCGAUUCAUCCGAGCCUGUCGGGUGCACGGUAUUGACCGCCAGUCCCUGCCAUACGUAUCGAAGUUGAACCCAUUCCUGUCAUGGUGGGGGAUCAUAGGCACGGGGAUUGUCAGUAUCACCAAAGGCUUCGACGCCUUCAUCCACAAAUUCAACAAGAUCAGCUUCGUCACCAAUUACAUUGCCUUCCCUGUAGUACUGGUGGCUUACGUCGUGUUCUCCUUGAGGUACAAGGAAUGGAUUACUCCUAUUGAACACCUGGAUCUCAGCGGUACUCGUGUAUUCCAAGGAGACGAGCUCGAUGAGGAGGAAUAUGAGCCUGAGCGUAAGGCCGGAGUCAUCGGAUGGUUGAAAUAUAUGUGGACCUCGUAG